UGGAUGUGAGCUGCUGAAGUCGCAGCCACUCCACUCCAUGUUUUGCCCUGCCCUGUGCGCUCUGCUCGCUGUGCAGCGUGCGUCUCCGUUGCAUUUCGCUUUCCUCACACUGACAUAAACACGGGGCAGCGGUGUGUGCGUGCGCUGGAGAAGUUGUUGGCACACUGAGCACCAGGUAGCUUCUUCACGAGGAUUUUGUUCAGACUGGGACCGAUCUGACUCGUUGGCUAUUUCUUUUCUUUUCGAGGGGAAAAUGAGGUGGAAGCACCAGCAUCUAAAGUGAGGAGUCUCUCUCCCUCUCUCUCUUUUAAAAAAUGAAAAUCUGAUCGCGCAGACUGGAGAAAUCGUUCAAUCAGGCUUUGUUUUUUGGGAUUUCUCUUAUUCUAUCGGAUCUCUUAUUUCUCUGUGAAACAUUAUCAAGGAUUUCACUGAUGUAUGCGAUGUGGAGACUGCAAGUCGCCUUAUGUACUCUGUCGGUGCUGUCCCUGUCAUCCGGUGGUGAAAGCAAAGCGCGGAGCUGUAGCGAGGUUAGACAAGCUUAUAACGCUAAAGGAUUCAGCCUCGUCAAUGUACCUCAUCAGGAAAUAUCAGGUGAGCACCUGCGUGUCUGUCCUCAGGGAUACACCUGCUGCACGUCAGAGAUGGAGGACAAACUUAACCAGCAGAGCAAACUGGAGUUUGAGAAAUUGGUUGAGGAGAGCAGCCACAAAAUGAGAACAACAUUUGUCUCCAGGCAUAAAAAGUUUGAUGAGUUUUUCUUGGAACUGCUGGACAAUUCUGAGAAGUCACUCAACAGUAUGUUCACACGGACAUACGGGAAGCUGUAUAUGCAGAACUCUGAAGUAUUCCAGGACCUGUUCACUGAGCUAAAGCGCUACUACACGGGGGGCAACGUCAACUUGGAAGAGAUGCUAAAUGACUUCUGGUCCAGGCUGCUGGAACGCAUGUUCCAGUUACUUAACUCCCAGUACCACUUUACAGAUGACUACCUGGAGUGCGUCAGUAAAUACACAGAUCAGCUAAAGCCUUUUGGAGACAUUCCCAGAAAACUUAAGGCCCAGGUCACCAGAGCGUUCAUCGCUGCAAGGACAUUUGUCCAGGGGCUAAUGGUGGGUCGGGAAGUUGCCAACAGGGUCGCUAAGGUGAAUGUAGCUCCAGCAUGUGUUAAAGCCUUGACCAGGAUGCUGUACUGUCCAUACUGUCGUGGAAUGCCUGGGCUCAAACCCUGUCCCAACUACUGUCACAACGUAAUGAGAGGCUGUCUAGCAAACCAGGCAGACCUAGAUUCUGAAUGGAACCUCUUCAUUGAUGCCAUGCUGCUGGUGGCAGACAGGCUGCAAGGCCCCUCCAAUAUUGAAGCAGUUAUACAACCAAUUGACAUCAAGAUCUCUGAUGCUAUCAUGACUAUGCAGGACAACAGCAUGCAAGUGUCAGCCAAGGUCUUUCAAGGGUGUGGCCAACCAAAGCCAUCAGGAAUAGGCAGGUCUGUGCGGGGCAUCUCAGAUGUGUUCAGCGGGCGUUUCAGGCCCUACACCCCUGAGGAGAGGCCAACCACUGCAGCUGGAACAAGCCUGGAUAGACUGAGGGCUGUCUGGAGGACAAUGCAACACAGUGUGAUUGACAUCAAGGAGAAACUCAAGGAGUCCAAAAGGUUCUGGUCCAACUUGCCAGAUGACAUCUGUGCCAAGGGCAAACUCACAGAGCCCGAUGAGGAGCAGUGCUGGAACAGCCACACUAAGGGCAGAUAUUUUCCUGAAGUGGUGAAGGAGGGUCUAACCAACCAGGUGAACAACCCAGAGGUGGAAGUGGAUAUCACCAGGCCCGACACGCUGAUUCGGCAACAGAUCAUGGCGCUACGUGUCAUGACCAACAAGCUGAAGAACGCAUACAACGGAAAUGACAUCUACUUCCAGGACUCCAGUGACGAGGGCAGCAGCUCCGGCAGCGGCAGCGGUUGCUCCGACGGCUGCACAACAGAGUUUAUUUUUGUUGGAACAGAGGCUCCUGUGAUCGGAGCUGACAGAAGCGAUGAGCGCGCAGCAGCCGCGGGCAAGUCAGUUUCCUGCGGAUCCUCCGUACUGCUGCUGACGGUUGCCCUCACACUCCCACUUUGGGCGAUGCAGACUCAGUGGAGAUAAUACAGUGUGGCCCGCAUUACCGCUGACUUUUUUUUACUGUUACGUAACAGUAUGUUUAACAGCAAGUUGUACUGCUGUUCCCUCACUGGACAUGUAGAGCCUCCUGGAAACCUGUUGAGAAUGGCUUACUGUAUGGUGUGGUAGGAGUGAAAGUGAGUGCAGUGCUGCAUCCCGCUUGUCCCCCAAAGAAUGCUUGGUGCCAUCAGUGAACCAGCUUUCACAUCUCUGAAAAUAAAGAAAAUGUGUUUUCUCAUUAUUCUAAAGUGAGUUUUGGAGGGCAAAAAACCCCAAAACAUCUUUUAGAAAUGAAACCCUCUAAAGAUGGUUCUGUCAGUGAUUUUUGUUCCAGAUAAAAGGGAAUCUAUUUUUCUUUUCCUUUGUAUGAUGAAUGGAGAAAACGAGACAACACCUAUUUUAUCCUAUUAGUCUUCUCCCCCAAAAGGAAAAACAAAAUCAAAAGGAGAAAGUUUUACUGUGUGCAUGCGUGGAUAUGAUGUUAACUGACAAAACAUUAUUAUUUUUUUUAUUUUUUUUCCCGUUUUUAUGCAGGCUACACAGUUUUUUGGAGUGAUUGUGCAGGUUGUACAGUGCUAGCAGUUCGCCUGGUUUCCCGUUUGGUCAUAUCGACGUGGCUUCAGGAAGCAGCAGGUCUUACAGCCACUUUAUUGUUGCACAUUUGAUUAUCUCUUGAGAAAGUGCUAUCGUACUGCACUAAGAGAACUACUUUGCACAGAUUAUUUUUGUUGGCUUCAUAAGUUUCUACAGCUACAGGAAACAUCCACCCCACAGAGAAAACGAUCUAUAUUUUCAGAUCAUUUAAUUGAUUGUAUUGUACUUAUAAGCAGUUACAGUAUGUGUUACAGUGGAAGGUACUGUAAUGUAAUCUUACUGGCAAUGGAUACUUUUUUUUAACAACUGUGUCAUUGUUUCUACAAAUUAUUUGAUCAUCUGUUAAAUAAAAACUAAGAAUGGUUCUGCAGCAGCACUAAUUGCCUGUUAACAGCGUUCAGGUAUCUAAUUUACUUUCGUCUGUCUGGGUAGUUAACAUGCACUCACGCUGGUUCUGUUAUUCUCAGAGGACUUGGAGGAGAGUAAUAAUAGAUAUAUGCUUAUGAAAUUUUAAUUUCCUUAAUUUUCUUGGCUGCCACACUGAUGAAUUUUGCUUUAUGUUACUUGUUUAUUUGCAUACAUGUAAAGCUACCAGUCGUAACCUCUGACAUACUCUGCUGGUUACCCCUCAUGUCUUGCAAUGCAUCAUACUGAAAUUUGCAUGUUCUUUGGUUAAUGAGAGCAGACCUAUGCCCCCUACAGGCUAUAUGCGGUGUAAUUGGUCGUGUUCUCUUAGAGGACGCGUACAAUGUCAGCAACUUUUAAAAAAAGAGUUCCAAGGCCAGAGGGCUCCAAAUGUACUCCUACAACUAAGGUAACUAUUCGUAACUUUCAUUCUGUGUCCUGCAGGCUUUGACCUUUAGCAGACUCAAGAGGCUCAGGGAGCAAAGCACUUCACAAACACAACACAGUGGUUGAUGUCGAACUGUAUACCAGAAGGGUUCAUAGCUGAGUGAAAGGCUAUAAGUGGCGGUCAUAAUAAGAACUGGUCACAUUCGCCGAAUGCUAAAGUAAUGCACUUCCUGUUCUGUCUCCUUUAGCAUGAGAUGCACUGCACCAUACUUUAUGAAAGGAAAUGAGUUAAUGCUGUCUCUCAGUUCCUCGGGGUUUGAGUGCACGCAGCCGUUAUUAAUGUGAGCACGCUGUUGUUUCAGUUUAAUAACUGUUAGCCUGCAGUCUUUAAAGAAAAAAUUCAAUUCCAACAUUGGUAAAAAAGAAAAAAGGGAAAAAAAAGCACGCUUUUUCAGUGAACUGACACUUUGUCUAUCACAUCAUGCCAGAUGACCUCACCUUUUGCCCUGUGUCAGCUCUGAUAGGCUCAAGCCUUACGUAAGUGUUCAAGAAGGACUUUUUCUUUUUUGUUAUACUAGAGAAACGAUAGUUUUAAAGUACUCAGUAACAACUUGAUAACACCAAUCUGCCAAGUGAGAUUCAAUUAGCACUAAGUUCUAAGUUCUCAUUAAUUCUCCUCCACAUUUUACCUCAUGACAUUUUCUAUUAAGAUCAAGGGAAAGGGUUUAGAAAAAAAGAUGGGACUUUUCUUUUUUUUUGACAAUUCAUCUGCAACUAAUGGCUUUAACAUCUAGUCGCAGAGAAAUGUAGCUUUCGGAUACAAUAUCUUGCAAUAUGUAGCGUGAAUAUUGUUGAAGCCAUCACGAGUGUGCCUGGAGGAUUGAAUCUCAUCAGCUCAUAAGUACCUGAAAUGUUUUCACAAUACACAAGCCCAUUACUUCAACAGAGACCUUCCAGUAAAUACACAAAUAGACAAAUCAAUAGCAGCUAUGAGCAGCUAAAGAGAUCUUGUGUUUCAUGUACAAAAGCUUAAUAAAAAAAAAUCGGGGCACGAGUUUUCCUCGUCUCCACAGCAUGAAGAGGGGAUAGAAAAGCACAAAGUUUGUGCAAGCGUCACGGAUCUCUUCACAGAAAACACCAUAAGGGAAAUCUACCCUCGGUGUGCUCAUAUGACUCACGAAAGAGAAACUCAGCACCACAGGAAGCUCCCACAGUUGACCUCUUUCACCUCACUUCUUAUCGAAAUGGUUUUAGGAUAAGGUGACUGAACAGCAGCCUCCUACUUAAAAAAACACAAAAAACCCAACAUCAUUGCAAUUAAAUCAUUGAACAGCAAACCUUAUUUGUGUAGCACAACAACUGUGUUUAACCAAAGCACGACUAAAGACAACACUGAAGUGAUUAAUGAAAGGCCACCCAAUAACUAAUUGUGCACUAAGCAGAUUAAUGCAGAAACACGAAGGCAGAGCAGUUCCAUUCACCUGUCAUCAAAACUGGUUGAAAAUCACAAGGGUUCACCCUGACUGAGGUGAAACGUUAGCGCAUAGAGCAAAACAAAAGCUGACAAGUAAAUCGUAAACAGAUUUGGAGGAUAAAUCAUGAUGCAAAACAAGCGUGUGACAUAUGAAGAGACUUUAAUCUUCUUUCUAUUACUCUAUAAAACAAGCGUAUAAACAUUUUCCUCACUGGGUUUAUAUCUAAUGGCGUUUUCCAUCUUUUCACGGUACCGCUUUUAUUUUAAUUACUAUAUGUCAUCCCAUUAUGCAGCCUGAUGUGUGACUAAACAUUUAGCACUAUCUGCUGUUUACCCUAAUGCUUAGUUUCUAAUAUUCACAUGACAGCAGGGGGAUAGAAAACAAAAAAGAUGUUUUGUGUGCUUGGUUUUUUUUUUGUUUGGUUGGUUUUUUUUUUAGAAAUUUCUUUAAAAUGUGCUGUACAUCUGGAUACAAAAUGGAACUACCGAACACAUUCUUUGCUAAGACGAAUCUAUAGAGAAACAGUGUGCCUGAACUCACUCUAUCUAUCCGCACACACACACACACACACACACACACACACACACACACAUACACAUAUAUAUAUAUAUAUGUAUAUAUAUAUAUAUAUAUAUAUAUGUGUGUGUGUUUUCCUUCUAUGCUGUGCACUCAAAAAUGUCUAAAUGUCAACAAUGCAAUGUGCCCCAAUGCACAGUUGUCAAAAUAACCAUUUUGCAGCUGGCAGUUAUGGUCCAGUGAGGGUCUGAGAUCAUAGUUAAUGCUCUAAUGAGUAAACUGCAAAGCACCCAUUAAAAAGGGAGUAGUGAGUCAACACUGGGGUGAUUUCUACCAGUGUUAAUUAGUCACCAACAAUGCCUGGAAGCAGCCCCGGGAGACUGAGAAGACUUCCCCAAUACCCACCAAAACUGUGCAUGCAGGAGACCCGUCUACAUUCGCUUCACUGCCGUAAUAACUGAGCAACUCAUUGGUGCCGGAGAGAGGAUGCGAUGCACAUUUUAAAGCCCCAGGUUUGAAAAGGUACAUGGAAAUUUUUAGUGCACACUAAAAUGGAUGACUGAGCAAGUCUUUGGAGCCUGUCAAGGUCAAAGCCUGUAUGAGAUGGGACGAGGGGUGCAUUGGAAACUUUAAACAUAAACACAGUUAGAUGACUCGACUGUGUUUAAAUCGUUUUUAUACAGAAGUUAUACAAGUCACUGUGUUGCACUAACAGCUUUUUAAAAUUGCUCACGUAUCCUGUGGUCACAGACAGACGACCAGCAGAAGCAUCAGCUGCUGCUGUUUCAGUGGGUCAGACGGGGAGUUGAGAGGACGUCACGCUGUAACUAUUUAUAACAUGGUGAAUGUUGAAUUAAAUGCCGUUGAAGUAACUAGCUGUCAGUCCUGUGCAGUGCCGGUUUUCCUCAUCUUUACUCACCCAGGAGUACCGCCCUGAGGACGCGAUAAUUGAAGUGAAGGAGGUUUCAUGUAAAAGUCAUGGUUUGUUACAUGGAGGCUGUUGAAGUGUGGACUGAUAAUUAAUUUUAGCUCUGGACGUUUACACUUAAGCGAGAAUAUCUAGAACAUUUCGACCGUAAUGGCAAAAAUGUUUUUUGUUUCUUUUGUCUGCGCUUUUUUUUCCUUUUUUUUUUUUUUUUUAAACGCGCUUUGUGUUUUGGUGAUUUCAUAAUUGGCAAAUUAAAUGAAUAUGCUGCGCAACAGGAAUAAAACUCAAUUAUAAGUACAAGUUAGUGGGUUUUACUUGGAGUCAAACGCAGCCAAAACAUUGUGGAGGCAGAUAUUUCUGAGUCAGGGUCGGUAGUGAGGCGGAACAAUCAGUGCAGUGUGUGCUUGAUAAUAAGGCAGGAAGUUAGCCGUGUGGCUUCAGAUACGGGCAUUGUUUAAGCUUUGGCACUGCUUGCUUCUCAGUGGGGCUUAACAGCUCAGUUUUUUUCUCCAUAGUGUAAAAACCCAAAGCAUCUGCAGCCAUACAAAGGUCGAAUGCACCCAUUAGAGCCUCUACAAGAUCUGUGACUGCAGCAACAAGAGUUUUUGGAUGACUAAGAUGAGGCUGGGCUUUAGCAGUGUUCUUCAGACAAAGUAAAGAAAGUGAAUUAAGAAAAGAAUGUUUUGGAAGUUCGGUGCAGUUUUUUCCAAAGAGCUUGUGUCUGUCUAAACAACAGUCUUCUCUCAUUACAAGAGGAAUGUUUGCCAUUCUCCACUGCCUUGUGUACUCCUCUCUUUCCUGACGUGAUAUGUUACGCAUUCACAGUUUGACACGAUUCAGCGCUAAACUUGUUUUGUUUUUGUUUUCCUCUCAUUCAUUCAUUUUGGCAUUUAAAAAAAAAAGGAAAAAAAAGGUGAAGUUUUUAAAGAGUGUUUUAUGCAAGAAUCUUCUUCAUUUUGAUGUUAAUCAUUUGCUGCACUUUUGCUAAAACAUGCUGUGAGUGUGGUACUGUUGUGAUUUGCAAAAUCUGAUAAAUAAGGAGCACAUCAAGCGUUUUGGAACUGUCGGUGCACGUUGUUCAAAGUUUUUU